CACCGCCUCCCCGAGCCUCAAGAUGGCGACCCGGCUGAUAAACAGGCAGUCGCAGCCUGCUGACUCGGAGAAGGAUGCUGAGCCCGGCUGGUUAAAGCGUUAUGUUACCGGUGCCCUGCAGUCGAUUUCCCGACGCGCGUGUCUACACCCCAUUCACACCAUCGUCGUCAUUGCGCUUCUCGCCAGUACCACUUAUGUCGGAUUGUUGGAGGGAAGCCUGUUUGAUGCGACGAAAAGCCCGCGCAAUGGACAGGGCAGGGUGGAUAUCGACGCUCUUCUCCAGCGCGGCAGAAACCUCCGCCUUGGAGAACAGACAGCCUGGAAAUGGCAGGUGGAGGAUAUUCCAGUUAUGCAAGAGACCGAGACCGCCCAAAGAUUCGCUCUGACAACCUUUGUUUUCCCCGACUCAACCUCCAACUCUGGCUCUACCGCUCCACUGGGUGAAGAGAUCCCCGGUCUUUCCAAUGCCUCCAUUCAAGCGGUUCCUCACACCCCGAAUCUCUUGUCUCCCUUCUCGCACGACUCCUCGCUCGCUUUCGUUGUCCCGUUCGAACAGGUGGUCGACUUGCUGAAGGGCGUUCAGGAGAUCCCCGAUCCCUCCGCGGACGAGGACGCCGUUGAGCAAAAGAAAUGGAUCAUGAAGGCCGCUCGCGGAUCAACAUAUGGUUCUCGCCGGGCUGUGAAGCUCUGGAUCACUGACGCCUGGAGCUCCUUUGUGGAUUUAAUCAAGCACGCCGAAACCAUCGACAUUGUCAUCAUGACUCUGGGAUAUCUCUCCAUGUACCUGACUUUCAUCUCCCUGUUCUUCUCCAUGAAGCGCCUGGGUUCCAACUUUUGGCUGGCUACCACCGUCUUGUUCUCCGGUAUCUUUGCCUUUUUGUUCGCCUUGCUAGUCACCACCAAACUCGGCGUUCCGAUCAACCUACUCCUCCUUUCGGAAGGUCUCCCGUUCCUGGUUGUGACCGUUGGCUUCGAAAAGUCCAUCAUUCUCACCAAGGCCGUUCUGAACGCGUUCACCGAGACCCAAAGACAAGGUGUCCGCGGUCCCAAUAGCUCCCCCGCUGCCGCCGCCGCCGCCCUGGCUUCGCCCCGGUCCAUCCAAGACUCCAUCCAAUAUGCCAUCAAAGAGCAGGGCUUCCAGAUCGCCAGGGACUACUGUAUUGAGAUUGCCAUCCUGGUCGCAGGUGCCGCUUCGGGUGUGCAAGGUGGGCUGCGGCAAUUCUGCUUCCUUGCCGCGUGGAUCUUGUUCUUCGACUGCCUCAUGCUCUUCACCUUCUACACCACCAUCCUUUGCAUCAAGCUUGAGAUCACCCGUAUCCGCCGCCACGUCGCCCUCCGUAAGGCGCUGGAGGAAGACGGCAUCACCCAACGCGUUGCGGAGGAUGUCGCGUCCAGCAAUGACUGGCCUCGACUGGGUUCCAACGCGGAUAGCGACCCCAGCAUCUUCGGACGCAAGAUCAAAUCUAGCAGCGUGCGUAGUUUCAAGAUCCUCAUGGUCAGCGGAUUUGUCCUGGUGAACCUGGUCAACCUGAGUGCGAUCCCCUUCCGAGAGUCAACCACCACCAGCGCUGGCCUUCCUCUGGUGUCUCGCAUCUCCAACAUCCUCGCGCCUGCGCCGAUCGAUCCCUUCAAGGUCGCCGAGAAUGGCCUUGAUUCCAUCUACGUGAUGGCCAAGAGUCAAAAGCAGGAAACCCUCGUCACCGUCAUCCCGCCGAUCAACUACAAACUGGAGUACCCCUCUGUUCAUUACUCGGGACUCGAGGCCGGUGGUUCCUACGAGAUCGAGUAUACCGAUCAGCUUCUGGACGCCGUGGGCGGCAGGGUUCUCGAGAGCCUGCUCAAGAGCGUCGAGGACCCGAUCAUCAGCAAGUGGAUCAUCGCCGCGCUCACUCUCAGCAUCAUCUUGAACGGUUACCUCUUCAACGCCGCGCGCUGGAGUAUCAAGGAACCCGAAACCGCCGCCGCCGCUCCCCAGGAAGUCACCCCUGCGCCUACAAAGCCCACCGUUCCCAAGAUGGCAUUGGACCCCGAUGGACCCUCGACUAGAACUCUCGAGGAGUGCGAGGCGAUCUUGAAGGAGAAGCGUGCUCCCACCUUGACCGAUGAAGAAUUGAUCGACCUGUCGCUGCGCGGCAAGAUCCCCGGAUAUGCCCUGGAGAAGACUAUGGAGGUUGAGUCCAUGACCCGGGUCGAAGCCUUCACCCGAGCGGUCAAGAUUCGCCGCGCCGUGGUGUCCAGAACCCCUUCCACCUACCCCAUCACCUGUUCUCUGGAGACAUCGAAGCUUCCGUACAAGGACUACAACUACGGUCUGGUUCACGGCGCUUGCUGUGAAAACGUCAUUGGAUAUCUGCCCCUGCCUCUGGGAGUCGCCGGUCCCAUGGUCAUCGAUGGUCGGAACUAUUUCAUCCCCAUGGCCACCACGGAGGGUGUCCUAGUGGCCAGCGCCAGUCGAGGCGCCAAGGCGAUUAACGCCGGUGGCGGUGCUGUAACUGUCCUGACCGGCGACGGCAUGACCCGUGGCCCAUGUGUCAGCUUCCCGACCCUGUCCCGGGCGGCGGCUGCCAAGGUGUGGGUUGAUUCCGAGGAAGGCCAGAACAUCAUGAAGGCCGCCUUCAACUCCACCAGUCGGUUCGCCCGUCUACAGUUCCUGAAGACCGCCCUGGCGGGCACCUACCUGUAUAUCCGCUUCAAGACCACCACCGGCGACGCCAUGGGCAUGAACAUGAUCUCCAAGGGCGCAGAGAAGGCCCUGCACGUCAUGUCUACGGAAUGUGGCUUCGACGACAUGAACAUCAUCUCUCUCUCCGGUAAUUACUGCGCCGACAAGAAGGCGACUGCCAUCAACUGGGUCGAUGGCCGUGGCAAGUCCGUGGUCGCCGAGGCUGUCAUUCCCGCCGAGGUUGUCAAGAGCGUCCUCAAGAGCGACGUUCCCGCCCUGGUCGAGCUGAAUACCGCCAAGAACCUGAUUGGCAGUGCCAUGGCAGGAAGCAUGGGUGGCUUCAAUGCGCACGCCUCCAACAUCGUGACGGCCAUCUUCAUUGCCACUGGUCAGGACCCGGCUCAGAACGUCGAAAGUAGCAACUGCAUCACCACGAUGAAGAAUCUCAACGGUGACCUCCAGAUUGCUGUCUCGAUGCCUUCAAUUGAGGUCGGUACCAUUGGCGGUGGCACAAUCCUUGAAGGGCAAUCGGCGAUGCUGGACCUUCUCGGGGUCCGGGGCUCGCACCCGACCAACCCCGGCGACAACGCCCGUCAGCUGGCGCGCAUUGUCGCGGCGGCGGUGCUCGCGGGUGAACUGAGCCUAUGCGCUGCCCUUGCUGCCGGCCACCUCGUCAAGGCACACAUGGCACAUAACCGCAGCCAGGCCCCGACACGGUCGGCGACUCCGGUCUCUGCUGCCGUCGCGGCUACCAAGGGGUUGAGCAUGACUUCUUCGAAAUAAAGGGUGUCUUCAUUUUGAACAAGGAUAUGAAAGAAGAAGAAGAAGAAGAAAGUAAAAAGAAAAAAGGGUGGGAAAGGAAACGAAGUGGCUGGAAGAAGAAAAAAAAA